AUGAGGUUUUGCUGUGCUAGAAGGCAAGGAAUUUCUCUUAUUUUUGUUGUUUGUGCAGUUGACUUGUCCCUUGCACCUUUUAGAAUAAUGUUCCUAGACCCUGAUGGUAAGGGCUAUUUAGCUAGAGUUGAAGUUUAUAGUGCAGCUAUAGCUAAGCUUCUGCAUAAUUUGUUUCUUUUUCUUGGAAGUAACAUGGAAGAAAAGAGAAGCACUGUAGCGAAGUGGACAAGGGCUCAAAUAAAGCAUAUGACUAAUGAAUACAAUGAGAAGAAGCAGGAGAAGAAAGGGAAAAGUGAGAGAGCCCAUGGCUCUCAUGAAAUGAACGCUACUGAGGGAAAAAAGAGGGAAGAAUUGGAGUCACGAAAAGUCACAAGAAAUGUCGAAGAAGUGGUUAGAAUUAGCAGCAGUAGCAGUGAUGAAGAGCAAGAGGGGGAAAAUGUAAACUGGAAGAUGUUCAAUAGAAAGACGAAGGGAACUGCUAAAAAGAUUUUCAAUGAUGAUGUGAGUAGUGGAAGUGAUGUUAGGAUUUUGGGGGAAGAGGAAGUGGUGAGGGAAGAAUUGGAGUCAGGAAAAGUCACAAGAAAUGUCGAAGAAAUGGUUAGAAUUAGCAGCAGUAGCAGUGAUGAAGAGCAAGAGGGGGAAAAUGUAAACCGGAAGAUGUUCAAUAGAAAGAGGAAGGGAACUGCUAAAAAAAUUUUCAAUGAUGAUGAGAGUAGUGGAAGUGAUGUUAGGAUUUUGGGGGAAGAGGAAGUGGUGGAAGAAGUGAAAUUGAAGGAAUUAGAUAGGAUGAGGAAGAGAGACACUAUUUACAAGGGUAAGAAUAGUGAUCGGGGAAGUGGAAGUGAUGUCGUGCUUGUAACUGAAGAAGAUGUCCCUCCAAACUUGAGAUGUAGUUAUGUCAAGGGUAGGAAGCAGUUUCCAUGUAGAAGAAGAAAGAGGGUUAGAAGUGAUGGAAAUGCAACAAAUGAAAGAAUGACCAUGGAGAGUGAACCUUCAGGGAAUCGAGCUCAGGACAAGGAAAAGGGUCUUCUAAUUGAAAAUCUUGAUGAUCUCAACUCAAAAUCCUCUAGCUCUGAAGAGGAUGCUGAUGAUUCUGAUAAUGCCUGUAGUGAGGAAGAAUCAAGGAGCUCUGGUACACAAUCAAACCAUUGGGGUUAUUGUAGUGAGGAUAACCUUGAAGGAGGGAUAGGAAAAGAUGAUGGCUUCAUUCAACUACCAAGUCCAAAGUCCAGAGAACACGAACCAGGACUCAGAACAUCAAGGAAGUGCUGUCUUCAUGUUUCUGAGAGUGAAAGUUCUGAUUCUUCAGGUGAGGAUUCUGAUUCAUCAGAUCAGAUGCCAAAGAAGAAAAAGGAAAGCAGUAGGAUAUCUAAACCCUCAAAGAGAAGAGAAAGAGAUGUGGAUUACAUGAAUAUUCUUCUGGGGUCCAUGCUGAAGGAUGAUGAGCAGACAAACAAAAAUCCAUUUUCUUUUGAAGACAAUGGUCCUACUCAUACACUGCCAUUAAAAUUCAGAUUUGAUGACGAGGAUUUAACCCCACCCAAGAAAGAAGACUGGCAGAAAGAAAUUGAUGAUCUUUUUACUGAGAUGGAAAUGUGCCUCACAUUACCAGAUUCUGACUUUACUGAAUCAUCCAAGAAAAAAGAGACUCCACGAAGAUGGGAUUGGGUUGACCUUAGCCGAGAUUACUUUGGUAUUCAUGAGCUUCAUCUUGAUGACUCAGCCUCUGGAAACUAUUACACCCCCAUUGAUGCUGAAGGCUUUGUACUGGAUCUUAUUCCAGAUGACAUUAGGAUGUCAAUGUAUAGUCAUCAGCUGGAUGGAUUUGUCUUCUUGUGGAAAAACAUAGUAGGAGAAACCAACAUCGAGAAGCUGAAAACUGAACUUUCUGAUGAUGGAAGAGGAGCCAUAAUAUCACAUGCCCCUGGCACCGGGAAGACCUGCCUAACAAUUGUUUUUAUUCUGUCAUUGUUGAAAAUGUAUCCAAUGUGCCGACCCGUGAUUAUAGCUCCUACAAGCAUGCUGCUUACCUGGGAAAAUGAGUUCCGAAAAUGGGGAUAUAGAAUUCCUUUUCAUAACUUUAAUAGCAAGGAUUUGUCGGGAAACGAACUCAAAACUGAUGCAAAUUUUCUUCGGAGAGUAGGAAGCCGAAUGACAAAGCUGUACUCGUGGACAAAGGAAGAAAGUGUUCUAGGAAUCAGCUACAAGUUGUUUGAGCAGAUUGCUAGUGGACGGAAGGGAAAAGGAAGUGAUGAAAAACUUAAGGAAAUCUUUCUUCAACUGCCUGGUCUUGUGGUUCUUGACGAAGGGCACACGCCUCGCAAUCAACAGAGUCUUGUCUGGAAGGUUUUGACAAGAGUUAAGACAAAAAGAAAGAUAAUCCUCUCUGGAACUCCUUUUCAGAAUAACUUCGAAGAGUUGUAUAAUACUCUUUGCCUGGUAAACCCAAAGCUUUCUGGUUCAGUGACCUCUGAGAGUUGCAGCAGAAGAUGGCAGCGGAAGAGCAAUGUGGAGAAAGAGAGAUGGGUUUCCUUGACCAAUGCCAUUGAUAACAACUCUGACAAUGCAGUAGAGGAGCUCAAAGCUAUGAUAGAUCCUUUUGUACAUGUACACAAAGGUUCUAUACUAGAGGAGAGUCUCCCUGGUCUGAAGGACACACUUGUUAUUUUGCGGCCAACUGAUGAGCAGAAGGGCAUUCUUCAGCUUAUAUCGGAUGAUUGGAGCAGGUUUGACCAAGUACAUUUGGUGUCACUCAUUUCUGUCCACCCCUCAUUGGCUGCUUUCAGUAAACGCUUCUCUGCUGACAAAUUCAGACUAGGGGUACUUGAUUGUAGUCCUUAUGCUGGAGUAAAGACGAAAUUUGCCAUUGAGCUCAUCCGAUUAUGCGAUGCAUCGCAUGAGAAGGUUUUAGUUUUCAGCGUAUUUAUUCACCCUUUGAGAUUCAUAAUGCAGCAGUUGAUAGAUCAGUUGAAGUGGAGGGAAGGCAUAGAAGUGCUGUAUAUGGAUGGAAAACAUGACGAGAAGAAUCGCCAGUCAUCAAUUAGUUCUCUGAAUGAUCCCUCCAGUAAGGUGAAAGUUCUUUUUGCAUCCACAAAAACUUGUUCUGAAGGAAUAAAUCUUAGUGGGGCUUCAAGAGUUGUUUUGUUAGACGUUGUCUGGAAUCCUGCAGUUGAAAGGCAAGCAAUAAGCAGAGCAUAUAGGCUUGGCCAAAAGAAGUCUGUCUAUGUUUAUCAUUUGAUAACCUCUGGGACCUUGGAGGUUGAAAAGUAUGCUCAACAGACUAACAAAGAUCGCUUGUCUGACUUGGUAUUUUCUUCUCAAGACAGGCAAAGGAACAAGUCUAGAAUCUCAUCUGUUUUCAAGGAUAAAAUCUUGGAAGGAAUGCUUGACAACAAAAUGCUGAAUGAUAUCUUUGAGAAUGUUAUUCACCAGCCGAAGGAAUCAAAUGCAUUUUCAAACUUCAAUUAUGUUGAGCACAAGCAAUAG